AUGAGUUUUCAAUUUGAUUUCACCGGAAAGGUAGCCCUGAUUACUGGUUCGAGUUCGGGUAUCGGUGCCGGCAUUGCUCAACUGUUUGCCAAAUCGGGUGCCAAUGUUGUAGUUACCGGUCGUAAUGCCGACGGUGUGGCUAAAGUAGCCAAACAGUGUACAGAUGUGUCACCGAAACAGUUGACUGCACUGGAAGUUGUCGGCGAUAUAACAAAACAAGAGGACUGCGAUCGACUUAUUGAGACAACUGUCCAAACGUUUGGCAAAUUAGAUAUACUGGUCAACAAUGCAGGUCUAGCUAUAACGGCCAACAUUACCGACGAUGACUAUAUGGAAAAGUAUAUGCAUGUUAUAGCUGUUGAUCUGAAUUCAUUGGUUUAUAUGACACACAAAUGUGUCCCAUAUUUAGCCAAAACUCGGGGCAAUAUUAUCAAUAUAUCCAGUAUUGCCGCUAAAAUACAAGUAAGUAUAUAA